AUGCACCAAGGUAAGCAAGACAAAAGCCAAGGUGAGGGUAUCAUCCUUAGGGCUUCAAAGGAGAAGAGCAAGAAGGCAAGAGGGAGGACGACGAAAUUGACAACAGACAUAGAAUGUGAUGGUGCCAGAGGAGGGCUGAGCGACGCCAAGAAUGGCCUGCAGGGCAUUGGUCAUUGUGAGGUGCUAGGCAGCGCCGGUGGGGCUAGAGCUAGCCAAGCGACACCCUCAGCGAAGCAAACUUUGGCGUCGGUGGAGUUGGAGCUGGCCGAGGGCGACGUCAAGGUGCUGGGCAGUGACGCACAGCGUGCCAGGGACAUGCAAGGUGUCGGGGACAUGCUAGGCGACUUAGGUCCAUGUGGCAAGUUGGGCGGUGCUAGCAGUGGCGACGACGUCAUUGGACUUUGCAAUGGGUUGGGCAUAGGAGGCGACGACACCCAUAUAAGGGCAGGAGGAGGCGACUGUGCAGUGACUUGGGCGACGCCCUAG